UCUUCCCAAGUUUUGGAAAUGUUUUCCGAAGUUGUGAAGCAACAAUGGUCGUGGACCUUGUGUACACCUCUUUGAAAUGGCGUCCGUAGUUUUCUCUUGAAAUAUCUGCAUAAUAUAAGUAAAAAUGUUCUUGUACUCCGGAAACGCUCCUACAAGGGAAUUUUUCCAAGAAAAAACGGUGGGAAUGUUUUCAUGGAGGAUUUUAACAGUGACAACAGCCAGAAAUACAGCCAGCUUGCUAGCGGCUCUCCUUUGGUGAGAGUGGCACACCAAUCUACGAAUGCUUCCGAUAGACUUUAUCGGGAAGCGGAUCACAAUAUGGUCAUUUCUCUUGAAUAUCCAAGUGUCCUGUUUGUUUCCACCCCCUGUGUACUUCCGUUGGUGUCGCGAUGUAACGUUAACUCGGUGUACCGGUGUAUUGGAGCAUCAGCGCUGUUGUAACGGUACCGUUAUACCUCAGGAUGCAUCGCGGUACACAACUCUACCAUCACCGGAGAGGCUCUCCAGGAUCCAUGUAAUGCAACAUGAGCCCGGUGGGAAAUCAUCAGAGCAGACAUCUAUUAGGAUGGAUGGUACAAUGGAGAUCAAUGGGCCCAUGGCGUUGUCUGCAGAGGGCCGACUCUCCUCCUCAGCAUCUGCUGGUCCGUGGGAACACUCUUUUUACACGCCACUUAGCUUCAUGUCAAACAUCUUGCAUCAACGGAAUCGCAGAAGCACUCUUACCAGAUACAACCCGAGCCUCCCUUUACCUCAGACUCAGAGUGUGGCACCUCCAUCCGCAUUUGGGGUCAAGUUUCACAAGUGUGCACAGGUGAAGCUGGACACCGAUCCUCCUCAACUGACAUUCUUCCUGCUGAUUCACAACAUGGGUCCAUUGGGUGGCACCAACUUGUCUCAGGUGGCUAUCCGGGACUCCAUUUCUGGAAUAGUACCCCUAAAAUCUGAAGGCCGUGUGGUGGAAAGAGGCUACCAGACGUUUGCCAUUGAUUCACUGUCUGCUGGAUCCCAAGUUGUUGUCAACUAUACUGCUCACAUAAGGAAUCAUAAGAGUGAAGUCCUCGCCCUUCCAGCUUUCCUCACCUUCUCUAACGCCUCACAGAAUGAUGUCAGUAUGUUUGGUCCAUUAACGGCUAAUCUAUCCCUGAGGGUCAACUCCACCGACAGGAUUCAUCCUAACCAUGGGGUCCAUUUUGCUGGAUUUGUUGCCGGGUUCUUUGUUGCGCUGAUGCUGCUGUCACUGGGGUUUCUGGCCAUGAACCUGAUCGGUCUCCGAACCAGGCUGAGCCUUCUUCAGCAAAGGAGAAACAGAUGUGAUUCCGACCCUGAGUAUGCAGACUGCAACAUGAGUGAGACCGUAAAAGAUGAGGCCGCAUUUGAAGACAAGAUGGUGGACACCAUGGUGCUGGAGGAUCCCCAGAACAUGUACCAGGCUUUGGAGAACCUUGAAAUGUCCACGCUGCUGCAUGCCACCAACAACCUGGAGGCCACUCGGAUUCAGAUCUAUAGGGAUGUGAUGUCCUCCCUGGUGGGCGGCCUGCGUUCCCGGGGCCAGGCCAGUGCCCAGGCCCAGCAGAGGCUCCUUAGUGUGCUCCACGGACAGAUGCUGGGCAUGGAGGGUCGGCUGAAGGAGGAGCGAGGGGCCCGCAUGGCUGCUCUGGCUGGCCACUGUAACCAGGAGACUCGUGAAGAAAUGGAAGCCGAGCACCGCAGAGAAGCUGCUGAGAAGGCCCAGGCCGAGCUGCUGUGUCAACAUGCAGACCAACAGGAGCUCCUCCACUGCAGUGUCCUCCUAGAGAAGCUGCACAAGCUGAGCCAGAGUCAGCUCCAGCGCAUCCUGUUGGUCAGACACGAGGAAGCCUCAGGGAAGGUGCAGAGGCAGACCAUAGAGUGGCGUCGGGUGGAGUUGCACAAGAUUUUCUCUGAAGAACUGGAGGAGGCCACCCGGAUGGGCGAGCUGGAGAAGAGCACAGCCAAGAGUCUUCAGCAUGAUUAUUUCGUCUGUCAAGAUCAGCUGGAGGAGGUGCUGGAUGUGGUCCUUGCCAACCAGCGCUACGUGCUCGCUGAACGCCAUGCACAGAGGAAGUUCUUGGUGCACAGCCUUCACAGCCUCAACAGCCUGAUUUCUGACAGCUUCUCCAGCGCCUCCAGCAGUCUGGACAGCUGGUUCACUCACAUCAGGAGGGGGAGCAGUGUGCCUUCAGAGCAGAUAGACCAGCUCCAGGAGAAGGCCCAGACAGAGCUGGUGAUGGUGAGGCAGAGACUGGAGGAGGCUCUGAGCCAAGAGAGGAGAGCCAUGCGCUGUGGACUGAUUAAGAAGAGGCGAGAGCUCAUCUCUGACUUGCUGCGAGUCCACAAACGGAGACAGAAGGAUCUGUCGGUUUUUGAUCUGGAGGGAAGGAGAGAUGUAGCUCAGCACCUGCACUGUUGGCAGAACUUACUGAUGGCUCACAGUUUGGAGCUGGCAGAGCUUAUCAACAACCUGGAUGAGGAGGCUGCUGCAGACAUCCGCAAGGUGACCAUGCGUGUGAUUCAGGGUGCCAUAGCAGAAAUCAAAGCCAUCCAGCCAUCUGCAACUCAGGCCUUGCUAACGCUCCUGCCUCCAGGGGCGCAACAUGCCCUGCCGCAGGUGGAACCAGAGGCGGGACUCGGACAAGGAGCGAGCACUCUCCUGCAGGGCCAGGAAAGGCUGCACCAGGAAGGCAAGGCAGCCCUACACACCCUCAGCUGCACCAGGGCUGCACUAAGGGAGGCCAUGGAGAGAGAGCUGCAGGAGCAGAGGGAGCUCAGGGCGCACUGCAGAGCUUUCUUCAGUUGUUUGUGUUCGUCCCAGCUGACUCUGUCUGAAGAUGAUCGGCUGCGAAUGAAACUGGAGUUUCAGAAGUGUCUGUCUGUGAUGGACCUGUGUCUGGUGCUGCCCCACGCCAUCUCCAGAACCAAACUCCACACCGCUCUGGCAGCUUGGAGGAAGGAAAGCGAGCAACAGAUGACUUGUGUGCAAUCCAAGGGGAAACCCAGCGAGGCCAGACAGAAAGCAGACACAUCUGACCUGCUACUUUUCCAGAAAAGACUCGAAGACGGGAUCCAACUCUUUGAGAAGGAGAAGGAGACGGAGAGUGGCGUCAUGAACAAGGUGAUGGAGGAGAUGCGUAGGGAGAGAGAGGAUGAUCUGCGCUCUCAGGGCGACAGCCUGGCGAUGCAGAUGGCUACCAUCCACUACCAGAAGGCCGAGAGGAGGACCAAAGUCUUGGAGACUUCCCGAGCAAUGCUUGCUCUGCACAGCCUGCUCAUUCAGCAGCUCAGAGAGAGAAAGAGCCUGGAGAGACAAGACAUGGCACAGAGUAUUCACAACCACUGCUUGGGCCUAGAGGAAGCUGAACAACAGCUUCAUAAGGAGAGGACAGAGCGAUCCAGAGUCGAGUCAAAUCCAGCACAGAGAGGGGACUCUGAGGAGGGAAGUGAAGAGGAGAGACUGUUUCAGCUGCAGCAGGAUUGCAGGAUGACGUCCAUCCUCCAGGAGGCCCUCUACAAGAGUGAUCAGAUCACCGCACUGUUGGCCGAGAGGUUUCAGGAAAUGACUGGCAGCAACCAAGCCAUGGAAGAUUUAAAAGAGCAAAUGGAGCUCAGGAGACUUUAUGCAAACUGUGACCAGGAUCUGGAGUUUGCAUCUCGGCUGUUGAAGCAGAGUCAGGCGUCUGCUGAGGUUCUCCUGGAGGCCCUGCGUCUCCUCCUCCCCACCCUGCCUGAAAGCGAACUCCUCUCCAUCACUGACGCCCUCUGCCCCAAACAGCUCCUCAUCUCAUCAUCUGCAGAGCAGGAGCAAUCCGGGUGUGCCGGGGGGUCGAACAGACUUCUUCCUGUCAAACUGAGAGAAGACGUGUUGCAUAAAAAUAUGCCAAAUAUGCCAAGCUGCACUGUGGAAAGAGAGCGACUCCAGGAAAAGAGGCAAGGUUUGAUGGAAAAACUGCUCCCCAGAUCCCAUGUCCUGGCUCCAAGAGAUGUUGCACCACUGCUGGUUGAAGAGAAGGAAAAGGAGGGCGGUUUCACUAAAGCACAACGGCCUUUUUAUAAAGCUACCGUCACUGCAGACACAGCACGGCAGCAAAAUGACACUGCAGAAGAAAGGGCUGUGAACACAGUGAAUGAAACAUUACACAGCACGGCAGAGGAAUACAUGAUGCCCUCCUGUGCCAGCACUGCUGCCGGAGAGAGGUUGUUUGUGUUCCGGGAUCCACCUGAAUCAUGUGUCAGUGCCGGUGCAAAGAGGAGAAAAAGGAAGAAGAACUUUCUCAAUCUGAAGAAAGGCUCAGUGGCUCCAACAAACCUACCUUGAGACUUACAAACAUUGUCAAACAAGUUUUUUUUAAAGUUUUUUUUAUGAUGAUGGUACUUUAUCAUGAUAAUAUUACAAUCCAAAUCAAACCUAUAAUUUUUGCUGUGUAGCAAAACAUUUUCUGUGCCUUUCUAAAUGUAUAUUGCAUGUUGGUCAUACUGAGGUAGUUCUCUUGAAUGGAUGUAUUUUAAAUGGUGGGGAAAGUCCAUUAAAGUUCAGACUUUACUGAAAAUGUUGACAAUGUGU